AUGGAGCAGACGAUUCUCCUGCCAAGUCUGCUGCGAGAUCUGCCCUCUGACGAGCUAUGGGAUUGUGAGGCUGCAGAGGAGACCUGCCGAGACCUGUACGACAACUACCUAAUGCUCAAGGCCAUACGAAACGCAGCAGAGAGCGGCUUGAUUCCCCUGGACGACCACAAGGCCAAGAACAACUCGGCACUCAGCAAGACCCUAGAGCCUCUGUUGGACGCAGAUCCCGAAGCGCUCUUUCACUUCCACCUGAGAGGACUGUUUUCUGUAUUGGGUGACCUCACCAAGAAGAGUCAGAGCCUCACAGAGAAAUACAUGGACAUAAUUGGAGCGGCAAACUAA